AUGUCCGUGAAUCAAGAUAUGUCAAGUUCUCCAAGCGAAGAAAUAAUGGAUGAGCUUCGAGAGGUUUUUGCAAUUUUCGACCGUGACCACAAUGGGUACGUCUCCCUAUCCGAGCUCAAAUCAAUGAUGAAACAAUUCAAUCGAGCCUGUACAAACGACGAGGCAAAGGAGAUACUGGGGCAUUUGGACACUAAUCAUGAUGGGAAAAUAGAUUUCCAUGAAUUUGUGGCUAUGAUGCAACCACUGCUAUCCGAAGAUGGCACAGGUGCUGAUGUUUACCAUCGAGCGGCCUUCAAAUUCUUCGACAAGAACGGUGAUGAAAGCAUCUCAACUGAUGAAUUGAAACAUGUUCUGAAAACACUUCACUUGAAGCUGUCGGACAACGAAGUGGAUGAGAUGAUUAAAGAAGCAGAUCUUGAUGGAAAUGGCUUAAUCUCCUUUGAGGAAUUUAAAAAUAUGAUGAGAAAACCGCAAACAUCUUGA